UCCUCUUCAUUCUCCUCCAAUUUCACAUGUUCCCACUCUAAAAAUUGCAUAGAUCUCUCUAAACUCUACUCCAAUGGCUGCAAGUCUGUUAACCUUAGCAAGACUCUCAGCCUUAGCCGUCACCAUUCUCCUUCUCAUUUGGUCCAUCGGCUUCCGAUCCAGUUUCCUCCACCUCAGCUCCACUUCCUCUUCACUUCCCACUGCUCACUUAGACCAUCUCUUCUCCGUUCUCCACCCCCUUCUCAUGGUCAUGGGCUUUAUCCUCCUCAGCGGUGAAGCGAUCUUGGCACACCGAUGGAUGCGGAGGUGGUCCAGAGGGGCGAGGAAGUCGAUGCAUUUGGCGAUGCAAGGGGCGGCGCUGGGAUUUGGGGUUUUGGGCAUUUGGGCGAAGUUCAAGGGCAAUGUUGGCAUUAUGAACAAUUUCUAUAGCUUGCAUUCUUUGAUGGGGCUCGCCUGCCUUUUUCUCUUCUCCGCCCAGUGGAUUGCAGGUUUCAUGAGCUUCUGGCAUCAUAGUGAGGGUCGUCGAACCCGAAUAAUCGUCUUACCAUGGCAUGUGUUUGUCGGGUUGUACACUUAUAUCCUUGCGGUUGCGACAGCUGAAACAGGCCUCUUAGAGAAGCUGACCUUCCUGCAAACUAAACACGGCAUGCCACGCCGGUCAGCUGAGGCUACAUUGGUGAACUGCCUGGGCUUUGGUUUGGUCCUCCUUGGAAGUUUUGUUGUAUUCUCUGCUAUCACACCAAAGCAUCAUCUUCAUGCUCAGCAUCUUGCUAGCAACAAAAAUACUAAUUCAGGCAACCUUUAUAGUUUUGAUAAUAAGAAUGGCUACCAUUCUAGCCAUCAAAGCUCCAAAGUUAUGUCUUUUGAUUCUGAUUUUGAUAAUGAAAAGUGA